AUGACAAACUCGGGAAAUGGAAGGAACGAAAUGACUAGGAAUCUUCGUAAUUCCUCUGUUCCUUCAGAACAAGAUCAUUCCAUCGCUGAUGCCUUUCGUGAAAUUUUGCAGACAGCCGAUCCUGGAGCGAUCCUUUCGACUACCUGGGGGGAGACUCAGGGGGGAGACUCAUACAGACCCCGAGGAAACGCUCGUAAUCAAACUGAGGUUGACAGUGACAAUUUUUCUGCUGACGGAAAGGUCAGAGGUCUUUUUAAUCGUUCACAGUGGGGAAAUACCGCAAGAGCCCAGGAGGAUACCAGUAAUAGGGAAAAGAACCGAAAGAGUGAAGAUAACGAUGGGCGCAUUUACUCGACAAAUAACAUCAGAAAUAAUGAUACUUCCGAUGAUUGUUAUGUGAGUAAUGGAGGUUACCGUGAUUCUAGCAUGGGUAUAAACACUAGUAGGUCAGAUAGCAUUGACAAUUAUACGAACAAUACUUCAAAAACAUAUGAACAUAGUUCUUCAAAUGAGAAUAACGGGAUGACAGAUGGACGUCAAAUACAUUUGACACCUAUUGUCCCUCAACCAAAUUCGUGCAACAACAUAUCUCCAUCGCAAGACGCGGUUGACGAGGGGGAAAAUGUAGCCUUGAAAAUAAGUGCAUGGCACACGCUCGCAGAUAAAAAUGCCAAAGAACGACCAGAUGGUGUUGGUAGCGGUCAGUUGCACCGUAAAGGGAAAAAUUAUAAGCCUGUUGACGAGAAAACAGUUCUUGAGAUACAACAAAGGGGAAAGACCAUCAAGAAGACGAAGAGAUCUCAGGAAAUUUCGGGGGAUAAAAUUCAUUCACCCACAAAAUCAGGACCCUUUCCAAGAGGAGUCUCUCCAAAAGGUUUGGACAAAGGCAACCUUUCGCCAAAACAAGGUCCACCCCUUUCCAAUCCACCUCACCCAACCGCACAAUGGAAGCAACCUAUCCAACGGCGACAGUCACCACCACCAUCAUCAUCGCCAAAACCGCCGUCGCAGGCGCAACCACCACAACAGAAUGCACCGGAGAGAGAUCAUCCCAAUAUUCGACCCAAACUGGAUAACACAGCAGCGGCCUUCAGUGAGCCUCCUCAGAACACUCUUAAGAAACCACCGACUGUCACGAAACCCCCCCAACAAUCUCAAUACCAUCGUUACCAGUCACCUGCUCGUUCGCAAGAGUCCCUACCCUUCAUUCCACCGGAAUUUGAUUCGACACCAUACCGAAAGCAACCGUCUCCACUUCCUCUUGAUCACCGAGGAGGUCGUAAUGGCGAUUAUGAAGAUCAAGAAGAUUAUGAUCAAAGCAGUGAGGCAACGACUGAGUAUUAUGAGGAUAGUGAGAAUGAACUAGAGUAUAACAAGAGUGGACCUCCUCCGAUAUUAAAUGGCGAUCGCGGCGAACUAGUUCUUACCAUCAACGUGGAACUUGAAGAGGGCGAAAAUCCUCAAACCAUCUAUGUUUAUGUGGCCGAUGAUCCUUUGGAUUUGGCACGAGAAUUCUGCGUCAAAUGGGCGGUUACAAAUGAGGUGGUGGAACCGGCGCUGGCAGAGUUGAUCAGAGAGGAGAAGGAGAAACGGUUAGAUCUUGGCAGGUAUACUAACUGA